ACAGGGUGAUUAGCAUUAGAAACAUUGUUAUGAGGACCGAGCUAGGUGUUGCUCGUCCAAGUGACGCCACGGCCAGUUCUAUGAAAUCCACCAUAACGCCAUCCAAAGAGUCCAUCGCUCUCGUAACUCCGACCAUGCAUGAAGCCCCUGUGUCGUUUCGAGGACUGGUCGGCAGCGGUAGGAUGCUCAAAACGCCGUAAACUCCGUACUCCGAGGUAUCUUGCGAAAGAAACAAAAAAAAUAAUCCAGGUAGAUAGGUGCGGCGCCGAAACCCAGAAGAAGCAAACCGGAUUGAUUUAUGAGUGAUUU